AUGGCUGCCCGCGAUGUAAGCGGACAUAUGACCACCACCAAUUUCUGGAUGGGGACACUGGCCUGGUGUGGCCAGGAACACGGUCGUUCGGCAAACCCAUCCUGCCCUUCUCCAGCGGUGAGACUUCGAGCCUUCUUCCUCCCCCAGCUCUCGCCCCGCGAACCAGCAAGCGCCAUGGGUAAAGGUUACUCUCCCCGCAUUGCGGCGAACCCGUACAUCGUUGGUUCCUUCGCAUGCAUCGGUGGUGGUCUAUUCGGUCUGGACAUCUCGUCCAUGUCCGGGGUUUUGUCCAACCCCAGCUAUCUCCGCGUUUUCAACCACCCCGACAGUAAUGCUCAGGGUGCAAUGGUCGCUAGCAUGCCAGCAGGUUCUCUCUUUGGUGCAUUGACGGUGUCCUGGUUGGCCGAUAAGAUUGGCCGAAAGCGAGUCAUUCAAAUUUCUGGUCUCGUUUGGGUUGUCGGUUCGAUCUUACAGUGCGCUGCGGUGAACCGUGGUAUGCUCGUUGUUGGCCGUAUCAUCUCUGGUUUCGCUAUUGGUCUUGCUUCGUCGACCGUGCCCCUCUACCAAUCGGAAAUCACUCCUCCGGCUAUCCGUGGUCGCAUGGUCUCUCUGCAACAGUGGGCUAUCACUUGGGGAAUUCUGAUCCAGUACUUUAUCCAGUUCGGCUGCUCUUACAUCGAUGGCGUUGCUUCUUUCCGCAUUCCCUGGGGUCUCCAGCUUAUACCUGGUCUGAUCCUCUCAAUCGGCAUGACGUGGUUCCCAGAGUCUCCUCGAUGGCUCAUGGACCACGACCGGUACGACGAAGCACUGGAGGUGCUGUCCGACGUUCACGGGCACGGAGAUCCCAACGCCGAGCUUGUGCAGCUAGAGUACAACGAGAUCAGGGAGGCAGUAGAGUUUGAGCGUAAAGAAGGAGCCAAGAAAUGGUCAGACUUGUUGAGGCCGGGUGUAUUCCGUCGCGUGGUACUGGGAACGUCGCUGCAGAUGUGGUCUCAGCUUACGGGUAUGAACGUGAUGAUGUACUAUGUUGUAUACGUGUUCGAAGGUGCUGGUAUCGUUGGUCGUCGCGGCAACCUGAUCGCAUCGUCGGUACAGUACGUCCUGAACGUGGUUGCGACCAUCCCUGCGAUCAUCUUCAUCGACAAGUGGGGUCGUCGCCCAAUGCUUCUGAUCGGUCUCGCAUUCAUGUCGUUCUGGCUGUUCCUUGUCGGUGGUCUUCAGGGCGGAUACGGAAACUGGGGAACCUCGACCACGGGUGACCGUGUAUGGGUGAUCGAGGGACACGAUAGCGUAACAAAGGGGAUCAUCGUGUGCUCGUACCUAGAUCUUCCCGCUGCGUGUGCGUGCCAAGGGUCAAUCGUUGUCGACGGCCACGAACUGGAUCUUCAAUUUUGCGCUUGCAUGGGCCGUCCUCCUGGUUUCGCUACGAUCUCGUACAAGACAUACUUUAUCUUUGCGACCUUCAACGCCGCUGCGUUUAUCCAUGUGCUGUUCAUGUACCCGGAGACCAAGGGACGUACUCUGGAGGAGAUCGAAGAGAUCUUUGCCCAGGGCCACACGUUUGCCGCCUGGAAGAUCAAGAACGACGUGGGCCACAGGACCCUUGCCCAGGUCAAGGGCGCCACCCAGCACGAGCAAUCGAGCGACGAGAAGAUUGCGCAUGUUCACGACGAGAAGGCGCAUGUCUGA